CUCUUCCUCUCCAUUUUCUCUCUUCCUCUUCAAAGCGGGAGUUUCUCUUCAAAUCUCUCUCGCUCUCGAAAACUCUGCAAGCCUUCUUCGCCUGCAAGCAAAGCAAAACCCUUUUGAGCCCUGACCUGUGGUUUCUCACUUAGGUUCGUUUGCUUUGCUCUUUUCCAUGGCGGAGAGCAUAGACGACGGCGAGUUCUGGCUCCCUCCCCAGUUCCUCUCCGACGCCGACGAGCUCCUCGUCUUCCCGGAGCGGCGCUUCCCCGGACCCAGUUGGGGCGCCGCCGCGGCCCAUGCGUCCGCGGCGACAGCGUUCCCGUCCUUCGAGCUGGCGGGCGGGCUCGGCCGGUCGCCGGAUCUCGGCUCUCCGGUGGAGUCCGUGGAGGGAUCGACGGAGGACUGGAGCGACGAGGGGGAGCACAUCGCCGAUUUGACUCGUAAGGUGGCUCAGUCGACCCUGGAAGACGAUUUCGAGUACUCGAAGGGCUUGUUCUUGUCGGGCUCGCCCAAAUCGACGCUAUGUGGGCUCCGAAGCGGUUGCGGGUGCGGGCAGGGGUCGAGCCGCGGGAGCCCGAACGGCCCGUCGCAGCCCGCUUCGUCUCCGGGCACGCUGAAUCUCCUCCGCGAGGCCGCCGGCAGAGUGGCUCACCUGGGAAUCAGCGACGAGGAGCUCUAUGGCCUCAACCGCUUCGCAAAGUUCCACGAGUACGACGUCGCGCUCUAUUCUUACCCGUCGAUCUCGCAGCCCCAGCCCUUCCAGGCCCCCACGCCAUUCCGGUACGUGAAGACGAUGGGACAAACUCCGUGCCAAGGCGUGAGGAACAACGAAUCUGCGGGCGUUGGAAAUGGACGGUUUGUCGGCGCGGCGGCCACCGCGUGGCCGACUGUGCAACAAGCGCAUCGACAAUCGGAGCUCCGGGGCCACCACGUUCACGGGUCGAGUAGGAGGGCUGUGUUUCUGGGAUCUGCUGGGCUCAAGAGAGAAUCGGCGGGGACGGGUGUGUUCUUGCCUCGACGGGCAGUCCCUGAGCCUGAGCCUCGCAAGAAAGGUUCGACGGUGUUGAUCCCUCCCAAAGUAGUGCAGGCCCUGAACCUGAACUUGGCCGACACAGGCUCUCAGCCCCAGCUUCAGUCUCGUCUUAACGUCUGUUUCGCUCCUGAAAGUGAUGGAGCCUGGAGGUACAGAAGCAACCGGCCUCAUGUCCAACAGCGAGGCCAUCACCAGCAACCUCAUCGGCGGCCAGCGGCGAUGAGCCAUGAGAUCCGGCUUCCUCAGGAGUGGACUUACUAACAACAACGCACAUCUUGACCGAAUGCGCUGUCUUUAACCAGCGUCUCCAUAGGGUAAAAGAAGAAAAGGUUUAGGCUAUUACUACAGGUUUUUUUUAGCAGCUUAAGAAGAUUUAG